CCUUGCUACAAUACAAUGGCUUCGCCUCGUAGAGUUCCUUUCUUCUCUAUGAGUCUCCUCAUUGCACUCUUCAUCACGAGCAGCUUCACGAGCGAAGCUGCUCGCCUUCUACUCGAAUCUCCAUUACCUGAAAUUCCAACAAUCCCUAAGCCGGAGCUACCUCCAGUACCUGAGAUUCCAAACCUGCCCAAGCCUGAAUUCCCACCUUUACCUGAAUUCCCAAAGCCUAAAUUGCCUCCAUUGCCUGAGAUUCCAGCUCUCCCGAAGCCCGAACUACCUCCUCUACCAGAGUUGCCUAAAGUUGAAUCACCACACUUACCGAAGAUACCUACCAUCACUAAAGCCGAUGAAGCACCACUUCCCGAGAUACCAACCAUACCGAAACCCGAGAUUCCUGAAUUACCUCCUUUGCCUGAAAUUCCAAAACCUGAGUUACCCCCACUUCCUGAGAUUCCAACCCUUCCAAAACCUGAACUACCUCCUCUACCAGAGUUACCUAAGAUUGAAGUGCCACCUUUACCGAAGGUAACGACCGCCGCUAAAACCGAGGAAGCACCAAUCUUAGAUGCACCAACUAUACCGAAACCUGAGAUUCCAGCAGUACCUAAGGUUGAAUUACCACCUUUGCCUGAACUUCCUAAACCUGAGUUACCCCCACUUCCCAAAAUUCCAACUCUUCCAAAACCUGAACUUCCACCACUUCCGGAACUACCAAAGCCCGACUUACCUCCACUACCCGAGAUUCCAACUCUUCCUAAGCCUGAGAUUCCACCACUUCCUGAAUUACCAAAGCCUGAGUUGCCACACUUACAUGAACAGCCAAAGCCUUGAGUUUCCUUCUCUCGGCCAACAACUCCUAUGAUUCCAUGUGUUAUCAAAGUCCUCUCUUUUCAUCAUUACUUUGAGCUUGGAAGCAAAUUAUGAAGAUUAUAGGAGUAUGAGUUGAAGUUUUACACAGAUUAUGGCUCUCUUGUUUACUAUUGCUUUUAUUAGUAUUUUUUAAUGCUAUAUUUUAGUUGUCAUGUGUGAGACAUGGUUGAUGUUAUUUCUUUCUUGGUAUCUAUGGCUUUAAAAUUGUUACUCAUAUGUUAUAUGAUUGAUGUUAUU